CUAACCAUAUCGAAAUUUACGAGGAUUUAUUUCAUGCCUACUUGGCCGUAUUAUUGCUGGCCGGUGUAUAUAAAUCCAAAAAUGAAACUUUGCAUGAUUUGUUUGAUGAAUAUUGUGGACGGCCAAUAUUUCGGUCAAUUAUGUCUGAGAAAACAUUUUUAUAUAUCCACAAAGUCAUUCGUUUUGAUGAUGUGCUCACCCGACGAGGCCAAAGAAAUGAUGACAAAUUCGCACCAAUUAGAAACCUUUGGGAAAAAUGGUCUGAACGGCUUCCCACAUUCUACAAUCCUACUGAUUCUGUUACUGUGGAUGAGCAAUUAUUGGGAUUUCAUGGUCGUUGUAAAUUUCGCCAGUACAUUCCAUCGAAGCCAGAGAGAUAUGGUUUAAAAUUUUGGCUACUUGUUGAUUCACGCACAUGCUAUGUAUGGAAAAUACAGCCCUACUUGGGAAAAGGUGUGACAGGAAAUCCUGAGAGGAAUCAAGGAGAACGGGUUGUUCUAGAUUUAGUUGAUGGACUAAAAGGGCAUAACGUCACCAUGGACAAUUUUUUUUCAUCUCACAGCC